CCCCUCCACCGCCCGGCAGAAAAGUUCCAAUCGCAAGAUAACUACAAUCGACCCUCACCACCACCACUCCCACCACCACCCAACGAUGCCAAAAGAAAACAAACAACGUGGUCGCCGCGGCGAGGGCAAGCGCAAGAGAGAGGCGAAUGCGAACGAAGAGCCCGUGGGCAAGCGGCCCGCUCUCGACAUUGGCGGCAUCUCCUUCGUUGGAGACACCACCGACACCUUCGUCCCACCCCCAUUCACAGAAGAAACCGACGGUCGCCCCUUCUACGGCCUCCUCGCCGAGGAAGAACAAGAAUACUUUCGACGCGCGGACGAACUGCUCGAGCUCAACGACUUCCCAUCCGACGAGGACCGGUCGCUGUUCCUCGCCAACGUCUUCAAGGAGGCAGAGGGCAAGGAACUGAAAAUUGCCAACAGCCAGUCUUGUUCCCGGCUGAUGGAGAGGCUCAUCCUGCUGAGCACACCUGCACAAAAGAAGACGCUGUUCCAAAAGUUCAGUGGACAGUUCCUGCACCUCAUCCAGCAUCGAUUCGCCAGCCAUUGCUGUGAGACGCUCUUCAUCUAUUCUGCGCCUAUCGUCACCCAAGAACUCACUGGAGAUGAGCCUGCACCAUCCGACGAAGUCUACGUGUCGAUGGAGAACUCCUUCCUCUACACUCUGAACGAACUCGAAGGACAAAUCGGCUUCCUCCUUAACGACCGAUUUGCGUCCCACGCCCUUCGCGUCCUCCUCGUCGUCCUCUCCGGAAAACCCCUCGCAAAAUCCUCCACAAAAACCCUUCUCCAAAGCCGAAAGAAGGAGAACAUCACCACCCCCGGCUUCAAGUCGUCUGCCGAAGAACUCAGCCUGGAAGCACGCGCCGUCCCAUCCUCUUUCCAAGACGCUGUCAACAAGUUCAUCUCCGACACUUCUGACAUUCUCGACGAGACCUCCAUUCCGGUUCUGUCCUGCCACGAAACUGCCAACCCCGCUCUUCAACUCCUCCUAGAAUUGGAGCUCACGCGCCCGACAAAGACGAAGGAUCUCGCCCCAGAUGCCUCCGGAUCGAUACUGAAAAAACUUCUCCCCGACAACAUUGAAACGGAGGGCUCCAAGUCCGCAGCAUUCGUCAGUGGCCUCAUCUACGAGUCCAUCGGAUCCCGCCUCCUGGAAACGCUCGUCAUGUAUGCCCCAGGAAAGCUUUUCAAGCAAAUCUACCGCUCCACCUUCAAAGAUCGCAUCGGCGCGUUGGCUCGCAAUGAGAUUGCCACCUAUGUGGUCAUCAAAGUCCUCGAGCGCGUUUCCCGCGAAGACCUUGAGGAAGCGGCCACCUCCAUCAUCCCUCAAAUCCCCAACCUCAUCGAGCGCUCCCGAACCGCCAUCCUCAAGACCCUCCUUGAGCGCACAUCCGCACGACGCGCCGAGAAGAGCACUGCUGCAAUCACAACCGCGAUCGCAGAGGCAUACGGCAAUGAUCCCGCUACUCUCCUCCUAAAGAUGACCAACACAACCCCCCAAACCGCCCCAGAAGCCGAAACCGACGAUAAAGUCGAACCUCGCCAAGAUCUCACCACCCUUCACGGCUCCCUCCUCGCACAAGCCAUGCUUGCCAUUCCAGGCCUCCCAGCCACUCUCAUCCAGGAUUCCCUUUUGUGCCUCGACCUCCCCACACUCCUCCACCUUGCCUGCACCACGACGACCUCUCACAUCCUCCAGGCGGCUCUGAUCCCCACGGACCCAUCAUCUCCCAGCAAUCCGGGCAGCGCCAACAACGCACCGUUCCGCCGCAAGCUAGUCAACAUCUUCCUCGCAGACCCAAAGUCGAUCGUCACGCUAGCGACGUCAAAGUCGGGAUCGCACGCCCUCGACGCGUUCUGGGAUGGCACGCAAGGACUCAUGAUGCUGAAGGAGCGCAUCUGCAGUAUCCUUGCUGACUCGAUGACUCAGCUGCGCGAAGAUUGGGUGGGAAGAGUAGUACUAAGGAACUGGAUGGUGGAGCUCUUCGUCAGGAGGAAGGUGGAGUGGAUUGCAAAGGUCAAGGAGGGAGAAGGGGGUAAGACAGUUACUGUGGCGCAAAAGGAGGACGAAGGUGACGCGGCAGAGGUGAAGAAGCCAUUCCCUGCAAAGAAGGGACCAGUUAAAGGAAAAGGCGGAGAUGGAAAGUCGGCGAUUCAGCUUGCGAGAGAAAAGUUUGCAGCAGGAAAAACAAAGGGGGAAAUGAAAGUUGUGCGUGGCAAGGGGACGGGUGCGAAUGCUGGGAUGAUCAAGAGUAGAUAGACUGGCAGUUAUACCUAUGAAGUCAAUG